UAAUUUUAAAGUCACUGCUGACUCAAUUCACAGACGAUCUAGUGACGAUUAGGUAUGUAAAACAGCCUACAACCUGUGGAUAAAUACCCUGGAACAGAUGAGUAUUGCUUGUUGGUGAUUAGUUCAACUGAUGUAAGGUAAAAGGAAGAAGACGGUUAAAGAUGGGUUGUGGCUCCAGUAAAUCGCCAGAUGAACCAUUACUAGAAGAGUUUCCUGUAUACGACACCGAAGACGGAUAUCCUCCACCAAGACCGCCCGCCAACCGGAAGGAGGAAUGUUUCGAUUCAAGAAAGUACACGGACAUCGACUCCAACGCUAUAAAGGCUGUGGCUUCUCCACAAUCCACGUAUGAUAGCUUAUUAGGGGAGAUAACUCGUGGAUGUACUACAGAUUUACAGAAACUACGAGCAGUAUACAUGUGGUUGGCAGUCCAGAAGAUAGAAAGUGAGAGUUAUCCUAAGAUCUAUGAUAAUUCCACCCCCAGAGGUUACAUGAAAAACAUUAAACACAAGAAUGGUACAUACACAGAUUUCUUUACUCUACUCUGCAGAGCUGCCAGACUACCGUGUGUUAUUGUGAGGGGAAAAGGGAAAUCUCUGGAUUAUGAAGUUGGCGACCAGGAUUUUACCAACCUCAACAGCCGAUGGACAGCGGUAUACGUAGAUGGGUCGUGGAGGCUUGUUCAUCCAUUGUGGUCAUUCCGUGCUGUGGCUGGAUUCAGUAAGGGCAACUGGAUUCUGAUCGAGGAUGAGGGACAAGCCGUCAACAGAAAAGAAUCAGAAUCGUCCGGACAUGACGUCACGGGAUUAAACGAAUUUUAUUUCCUCACUGAUCCCGAUGAAUUUAUCUAUAUAUGUCGUCCUGAUAAAGAUCCAUGGCAGUUGUUAGCUCAACCUUGGUCGAUGGACAAAUAUAUAAAUAUUCCUUACUGCCACCCGCUCUUCUUUCAAUUCGGUUUAAAACAUGAUGAAGAUCUCAAAUGCAUUCUCAAAUCACAGAAAGGAAAAUGUUGGAUUGAUAUCAUGCAUUCGGAGAACGUCGAUCCAACAUUUAAAUACGAACUGUUCUAUAACGAAAAUGAAUCUCGUCGUCAAGCUCCCACUGAUAAACGACUGGAUAAAUUUGUCGCUUACAACAACGAAGUGGAUUCGAAGGGCGUUGUUAUUCGAUUUCCAAUUGAAGGCGUUUUUAAAAUAGUAUUUAAGGGACUCUGCGAGUUUAAACUAGAAUGUGAUGAAAUCGGUGAAACUGUCGACGAAUUUCCAAAUAAUCCCGAAUUUGGCUAUGGACAGGGAACAACUGCCAAGAAGAAGGGAAUAAACUCCGCAAAUCCGACAAAUGGUUUUAUUUCAUGUGAACGAUCUGAGAGAAAAACCUUUAGUUUAAAUGUUGAUGACCCGGCAAAGGUUACAACUACCUUAAAGAGCGGAGAUAACAAAAUAGAUUUCUCUGAUCACGUGACACAAGAUAUUUCCGGAAAUAGAGUGAAUAUUGACGUCAUGAUGCCGGAUAACCCGGAUGUUACAGAUUGUGUGUUACAGAUUUUAGUUGCCAGUAAACCCGCCCUCAAUUACCUUUUAAGUACUGACAAAAUAGUCAAUGAAAGCAACGAGAAGGAAGAUCCAGUAAGAGACUCGUUGAUCAAGGCUACUAGAGGAACGGAUAUAGAUAAUCUGCAACGAGCAAUAAAUCAGUUUGAAAGUGAAGGACUGGAAGAUAAAGGCGAUCUGACCAGAGCCAAUGCCAGACUGCAAGAACUUAUAGAAGACCAGAAUGCAUCCAGAACAGAUGAGGCAUUAGAUAGAAGAAUAAGAGACAGACUGAAAUUAGCUACUGAAGAAAGUGAUAUAGAUGAAUUAGAGGAAGCCAUUAAUGAAUUUAUAGCCAAUAGAUUAGAAGAUAGAGGUGAUUUAACAGAUGCUAAACAAAGAUUAUUGGAUCUUUACACCAGUGCUCUUCAAAUAUCAACAGCCGAGAGAAAGCUUAGUACAUUAGAAAACAUUGUGGAACAGGCUAAAAACUCCAGGGUUUGUGGCUCCCUGGAACACUCUCAAGUCAUGUUGGAUGCAGAAAGAACCUUAAGACAGCUUAGACGAUUGCAGAAAUACCUUUCAGGGAUUUUAGCAAUGAAACAAACGACAGUAUCUGAAAUCACCAGCUACAAACGACCUAAACAGUGUAUCCAUGACGUCAUGAAAGCUACAUAUCUAUUACUAGGCGAGAAAGAUAAAGCUUUAAAUAGAUGGGAACAUAUUCAGGGUUUAACCAGACGACUGGGUAAGGAGAGUUUAAUCAGAAGAAUAAAACAAUUUGAUGUAAUCAAUCUUCGAUUACCAGUAGCCAAUAAAUCAGAUGGAUUACUAGGUUUAUACGAUCAAAUGGUGGUACGUGAAAAUAGUGCUGGGGCUGGAACAUUUUAUAACUGGAGUCACAAUAUGAUACAAGAGGUCAAAGACGGCGAUUCCUAAAUAAUACAGCGCCAUGUUCAAAUUUAUUUAUCUGUUCAUACAAUGUUAAUAUAUAUCUGAUGGACUAUAUCACCGACUUUAUCUGUCUCAUAUAAUGUCUAUAUCUGUCUCAUAUAACAUCUAUAUCUGUCUCAUAUAACAUCUAUAUCUGUCUCACAUAACAUUCUUGUGGGAGUUCGAUUUUCGUGUGGUCUAACGCGUGCGCUUUAAAUUGUGGGCUUUGCUUCAAGUAGUGUGACCUCUAUCCCAAACUUGUACUAAAAAUGCGUAAGUUCGCCUAUCGUCGCUGUUUCAUAUGUUAGUCCCCAAAUGGCUUAAUUUCUAUCGAGUGUACGUUAAACACAAUUCUCUCCCUUGCUGGAAAUUCUUGGAUAAAUUAUCCUUGUUGAGUACAUAUCAUUAAUGUAAUUCACAUUUCAAAACUUGUUGUUAUUACUUGCAAAUCAUGUUCCUGAAGCAAUGACCCGACCAAUAUCAGUUUGGGAUUAGGACAAACGAAACACUGUGAAAGGGAUUCGAUUUAUGUAUAUUUCGAUUUGAACGAUUAUGAAAAACUAAAAACAAAAUGUGGAAUUAAUGAACUUAAUAUUACCAAUCUGAAAUUAGUGUUUUAAUUAUCUGUUAU